AUGGCUAGACCUGUUGUCUGGAUCAACGCAUUCCCAGGAACGGGAAAAUUAACUGUCGCCAGAGAAUUCGUCCGCAUGGAUGAGUCAAGUGUUCUUAUCGACAACCAUCAGCUGAUAGAUCCAGUGGCAGCACGGUUCGCCCGAGAUCAUCCUCAGUACCAAACAGAGCGAAGACGCGAGCGCGAACGUGCAUUUGACAAAUAUGUGCUUGAACCAGCUCUGAUGUCAAAAAUGAUCGUCUUCACAGACUGUCAAUCAGACGACGCGCUAGGCCAAGCUACAUCGCAAGAGUAUUUGCAGGCUGCUCAGAAAGCCGGCCGGCCUUUUAUUGCCAUUUAUCUAUCCUGCGAUAUAGAGGUCAACAUCCAGAGGGCCACCAGUUCCGAGCGCAUUCAGGGAACCACAACAAAACUUACGGAUGCCGUCCUGCUGAGAGAUGCUUUAUCGAGGUGCAAAAUGUUUCAAUUUGAAAACAGUCCGUAU